CCUUCAUUUCUUUGCCGCUCCUCUUCUACCGCAGCUCGUUCCAUCCUAUUUUCAAGCGCCACAAUGACGACUCGAUUCAAGAAGAACCGCAAGAAGCGUGGCCACGUGAGCGCCGGUCACGGCCGUAUUGGUAAACAUCGCAAGCAUCCCGGUGGUCGUGGUAAUGCCGGAGGCAUGCACCACCACCGCAUCCUUUUCGAUAAGUACCACCCUGGAUACUUUGGGAAAGUUGGUAUGCGCUACUUCCACAAGCUCCGCAACAAGUUCUUCUGCCCCACGGUCAACAUCGACAAGCUCUGGUCGAUGGUACCGCAGGAAGUGAAGGAGAAGGCGUCGAAGGACAACGCGCCGUUGAUUGAUGUAACGCAGUUCGGUUACUUUAAGGUUCUUGGUAAGGGGUCGCUUCCAUCCGACCACCCCGUUGUGGUGAAGGCGAAGCUCGUAUCGAAGAACGCAGAGAAGAAGAUUAAGGAGGCUGGUGGCGCUGUUGUGCUCACUGCCUGAUUAGGUUUCUGUGCUUUUUUGUUUAAUUACUGAUUUGUGUUACGAUGUUGACUUUAUUAUUGCUGGAGGGACUUUUUAUCCGGGAAAUCUUGAUAUAUUUUUAUAAAUGUUCCAAAUUAAAGAGAUUGUGUUCUGAUUAUAUCCAAUUGGAUUUGCGUUUGCAGCGA